AUGAGCGAUAUCAAAGAGGCACGAUUCCCGAAACCGAUGAGGUCCGAUCCCAACCAUAGGGAUCCAAAUUUAUGGUGUGAAUACCACAACACUAAUGGUCACCGGACUGGGGACUGUCGGCACCUCCGUGAAGAAGUGGCAACGCUGUUAAAACAUAGUUACCUCAGGGAAUUCUUGAGUGACCGAGCCAAAAAUAAUUACGUCCGCGACAAGAGCGACACCCAAACGUCGAGACUAGGAGAGGAACCUCCACGCCAAAUGAUCAACAUGAUAUUCGGAGAGAACGAUAUUAAUGGGAUCACAUUCUCGGCCGCGAAGAAGACAAAAGUAUCAACAACCCACAGUAAGAGGCUCUGGGAUGAUGGUAGCACGUUCACGGAUGAAGACGCGGACAGAUUACUACUGCCGCACAAAGACGUGCUGGUAAUCUCAUUAAAUGUGUUAAAUUUCAAAAUUAAACAUGUUUUAGUAGAUCCAGGAAGUUCCGUCAAUAUCAUACAAUGGAGAGUUCUAGAUCAAGCUAAACUCACCGGGAGCAUCGUUUCGACAACAAAGCUCCCUGAUGGAUUCAACCUCGCAAGCGUGACAAACCGAGGGGAAAUUUUACUGCUUACGGAUGCUGAGGGCAUAAGGAAGACGGCUCUCUUCUAA